AUGGUGAAUAGUUUCACCGGAAUUGCUUCAUUACCCAAUGAGCUCCUCAUCAAUGCCCUUUCACUCUUCUCUACUCGUCAACUCCUCCCUCUCGCAUGUACCUGCCUCCGUUUCCACGACCUCAUAAUUCGAAUCAUCCACCAUCGCCUUAUCGCAGCAGCAUCUCUCAAUGAUCACAAAUUAGUCCUCGAGUGUUAUCAUCCUUCCACAAAACUCACUACUCCAUACCUCUUUUGUGAUUAUCUUGGAACAGAUGGGCUGAGUGAUGACGUUGUUGGAGAGGGAGAUCUAUACAAAGAUGUCAACAAUACUGGUAGAUUAGGCAAGAUGUCCGGUCUAUAUUCGCACUUCAAGCCAGUUCAACCUGAAGAAAGAAUGGUAUGGACACGAAAUCCAGCAGGCGGGGCCAGACCAGCUCUCUUACCAAAAUCGGAAGAAGAAUUUGUCUCCCACAACGUCGAUCUCGAGUCGCAUGAACUUUUCUCACAACUUUGUACCAUCACCAAUGUUGUUAAAGUUGGCCCAAAACGAGGAUUGUUCCUAAGCUGCGUGAAUCUUGGCGAGGGGGUCAUAAGAGUAUUCAGAGACUGGCUGUCGGAUCGAGCUGAGGCAAAUGAGAGGCAUCUUGAUACUCCAGAGGAAUAUGAACAGCGGCUAUUGUGGACUGAUACCGAGAAACAUGUUGGAUUAAGGUUCAAAGUCCUUAAAAGGGAAGAAACGCCCGCGCCGAUUCUGCUUCGCCGUGAUGAGGAAGCUCCUGUUUAUUACAAGCUUCAGUAUGAAGAGUUGGUCAUAAGAACAACACAGAUUCUCCUCAAUGUCGAAGAAUCAUUGACAAGAGAAGUCGAAAAUUCAGGUAAAGCAAUCGUAAUAGGAUCCUGGGAUUAUUGA